AUGGUUCCUUUUGCGACGGGAUUCCCGGAUACCCCGGCGUACGGCCAUGUCUGGGGAUGGCUGGCUCUUUCGAACCUGAGUGUUUCCUGCCGGGCUUCUUCGGACUUUUUCGGAUUUGAUCCAAGUUUGCAUUUAGCUGUAAGAGUUAUGAUUCAACUCCGACCGCCACAUUCAACUAUAAAUUUUGACGGCGGCAUUCGAACUUUCGGACUCUUUUUUUUCUGA